AGCCGGCGGCAUCUGGCGGGCAGGGCUGCACCUCCCGGGGCCGCCCGGCCGAGCCGCUCGGCGGAAGCCGCACUCUGCCCGGCAGGCGACGCUCUGCUCCAGGGUCCUCCGCGCGCCGCGCCCGCUCGCCCGCCGGCUGGCCUCCCGCCGCAGGACCCGCGCGCGGCGCUCCCCGGGGCCGUGCCCCGCCGAGCCAUGGACCUGCGGAUGCUCUCCCGGGAGCUGUCCCUUUACCUGGAGCACCAAGUCCGGGUUGGGUUCUUCGGUUCGGGAGUGGGCUUAUCCCUGAUCCUGGGCUUCAGCGUCGCUUACGCCUGCUACUACCUGAGCAGCAUUGCCAAGAAGCCGCGGUUGGUGGCGGGGGGUGAGAGCUUCAGCCGCUUCCUCCGGGACCACUGUCCCGUGGUGACAGAAACGUACUACCCGACGGUCUGGUGCUGGGAGAGCAGAGGGCAGACACUGCUGAGACCUUUCAUCGCCUCCAAGCCCCCCGUGCGCUACAGGAAUGAAUGUAUUAAAACUGCAGAUGGAGGACAGAUUUUACUGGACUGGUUUGAUAAUGAUAACAGUAAGAGUUAUAUGGAUGCCAGCACCAGACCUACUAUCUUACUGUUGCCUGGCCUCACUGGAACAAGCAAGGAGUCGUAUAUCCUUCAUAUGAUCCAUCUUAGUGAAGAACUAGGAUACAGAUGUGUGGUUUUUAACAACAGAGGAAUGGCGGGGGAGGAUCUCUUGACGCCAAGGACUUACUGUUGCGCUAACACUGAAGAUCUGGAGACAGUUAUUCACCACGUACACAGUCUGUACCCCUCUGCUGCUUUCCUGGCAGCAGGGGUUUCAAUGGGAGGAAUGCUGCUUUUAAAUUACCUGGGCAAAAUGGGGACAAAAACUCCUUUGAAGGCAGCUGCAACCUUUUCAGUUGGUUGGAAUACUUUUGCUUGUUCGGAGUCAUUGGAGAAACCACUGAACUGGCUGCUUUUUAAUUACUAUUUGACAACUUGCCUCCAGUCUUCAGUUAAUAAGCACCGGCAUAUGUUUGUAAAACAGAUUGACAUGGAUCAUGUCAUGAAGGCUAAAUCCAUUAGAGAAUUUGAUAAACGAUUUACUGCAGUCAUGUUUGGAUACCAAACAAUUGAUGAUUAUUAUACUGAUGCCAGUCCAAAUCGUAGACUGAAAUCAGUAGGGAUUCCAGUGUUGUGUCUGAAUUCUGUGGAUGACGUUUUUUCACCCAGUCAUGCUAUUCCAAUAGAAACUGCUAAGCAAAAUCCUAAUGUUGCUUUGGUCCUUACUUCUUAUGGAGGCCAUAUUGGUUUUCUGGAGGGCAUCUGGCCAAGGCAGUCCACUUAUAUGGAUCGAGUCUUCAAGCAGUUUGUGCAGGCCAUGGUUGAGCACGGACAUGAACUCUCUAACAUGUAGUUUUUCAGGUGCGUUUUGUCUGAACCACCAUAGAAAGCAGCUCAGCUUACUGCGCACAAAUCUUAACUACUGUAUAUAAAGCAAAUAAGCCAGCUGGUGGUGAAGAGGUCCAUAAUGACAUGCAAAAACUAUUUUGGGGGGAAAUAAAACAACUAUGUAGCAAAAAAUAAAAUGCAGAUUUAGAUUGUAAUUUAUGUAGGUUUUUAUUUUUACUAUGCCUUACCAAGUAUGACCUUAAAUAAAGUAGUACAAACAUGCAAUUGCACUUAACCAAAACUAUUGUGUAAAAAUAUUUUAAUUCCUCAGGGUUUUAAUUUAGGCUAGUAUGUUUUAGUUUACUCAUUUUACAUGAUUUAAUGGUACUUGAAUAACUACCAGAGAUUAUUGGUAAGAGAUUUUGGCUAUUUGAAUGUAAGUUAUAAGUUGGCACAUUCCUAAGGGUAUUUAUAUGAUAAUGACAUAACAACCGAAAUAAGAUAAAAUACAAUAUAUGCUAAAUAUUUUAUGUGUUCUAACUUUAAAAGGCAAAUGCAACUAUAUUAGACUGACUUCUAUACAUGCUCUUUUACUCUGAUAAUAUUAAAUUAAGGCUGACUUAUUUAUAAUAAUUAUAGUUUACAUGCUUAUUUUUAAAAUAGCAUAUAUGCAUAUAUAUAUAUCUCAUUAUAUUAAAAUAAAUUAUAU